AUGAGUCCGAGCCAAAUGACAGACGACAUAGGUGUCCACAAAGAGCAUCGUGAGAGUGAUACGAAGGUCGUCCGUCUCACUAAAGAUCUGGCACAGCUACAGAGGCAGAGAAUGGUUAAAGAGCUACAGGUCCAGAUAGCAGAGGAGAGACUCAAGCUAGACGAAGCGCAGCGAUACCUCGAUCUCGUUCAACAAAAGAUAGGCCUCGAUAGAUCUGAUUCGAUCAGUCCCCAGUCGCCAGCCGUCGUGACCUCUUCCGGCCAAGAUCUCAACAGCGCUGUGGAUGCUUUGAUAGAAUCCUUUUCCAACCCUGCCUGCAAAAACGAACGGUCUGUUAUGAACGACACACCUACUGAUGGUCAUGCGUCCGCAUAUUGUAAGCAGGAGACCUUGACAGAACAUGCGAGGAUAAUUAACGGGGGAGUGAAAAGGGAGUCACCUGUGCCAGUAGUGUGGAGUAAUGGCCCCGAGUCGGGUUCUACCCUGUCAAAAGGUCCUUUCAACGAAGAAAAGUACGAAGCGCAGAGCAGCAAUUUCCCACCAAGAAGUGAAGAACCCGAGAAGGUCAUCUUCUCAAUCACGCGCAAUCGUUUCGUCAUGCAAAUCCGCCCAAGCCACCCACGCAUGCAUAACUACUACACCGAGACUCGCAAAGUGCAGCUCGGAGGAAAAUACAUCGGGCGCAGCCUAAAGAAUCGGUGGGAUGAUUUUAUCAAGACGCCCGGGAACACGACAUGGAACUCGUAUUGCACGUUUCUUGCUCAACAGCUCUCACGCCGAGCAACCCCCCAACAAGCCAGAUAUGGGAUUACAACAGCCAGGCAGAAACUUGCUCAACCUGUGACACAUUUCUCUCUCUGGCUAAUCCAGUGGGCGCCUGUCCUUCCCCAAGUCAGUACUCAAAGUUUCAUGGACUACUUGCUGCAAGGAAUUCUCCCCAGCAUUCGCGACCGCAUCGAAAUGUCAUCUACGCAGUUUUCGGACUAUACUUCGUUUACCGCAUAUUUGCAGGAGGUUGAAAACAUAAUUCCAGCUCGAGCGAAAAUUGUUAGACGACGGAAGCAGAGUGCCUUCUCAAAUGAUGAGCAUUUGGUCUGUACGGGUACAGAUGGAUUAAAAUCUAGCCCCAAAGACGAUAUCAUGACGCAAUCCACGCGGCGAACCCGGGCUUUGCCUCCAAAAGAGCUUAACGGUCAAUUCAAACGUCGACUAUCAUCGGACGAGCCACCCCAGGGGCUAUCGGUCUACUCAUCACGCGGCUGGUGGGAAUUUAAAAUGUUCAUGUCCCAGUUACAACAUCAUUUGGACAAGCACGGAGAACGCUUCAGUAAGCCUCAAAAGAUCAAGAUCGCCAUGACCAAUCUCUCUGCCGCACUGCUUGAAAAAUGGAACGAGCAUGCCGCCCGCCUAAAAACGGUGACUUGGUUCGCAUUCUGCGUUUUCCUCGUCAAUCAACUCCCUGUAGAGAGAUCCGGACGCACAAGGUACUACACUAUGUACCAAUGGUGUGACCAAUCUGUGUCCACCUUUGCCCUGGAGCUCCUACGUUGGGCCCCGGACAACCUUAGUCCGAACCAGGAUCACAUGCAGCAUCUAUGGAACCGGGUCCAUCUGGAAAUCCGUUCAGAGGCGCGUAGAACCUGGAGGGACUUUGCUGAUUUCCAUGUCUUUGUUGCGUAUCUGCAGCAGGUUCAGGACUCCUUUUCAAGCCCACAACAGGCAGAAGGUCAUGACAGCCCUCAGCCACGAAAGCGUCUUCGAGUUAGUGAAGAUAGGUAG